UGCGAGGAGGUAUUAAUGCAACACCUCACUUUCAUGCACUCCGCUUUCCUCAUCAACUCCUCUCUCAACCUCUUAUUGUCAACCAACUCACACGUAGCCAUGGGCAAGUUCUACGAGUCCAUUUCAGACGACCUACGUGACUGGGCCCUACGCCAAAGUGUUUUCUUCGUGGCUUCUGCUCCUCUGCGGGGCCGACAUGUUAACCUUUCUCCAAAGGGCUUACCCGAUUCUUGCCUUGCGUUUCUCGGUCCAAACCAGGUAGCGUAUAUCGAUUCAACCGGGUCUGGCUGCGAAACCAUCUCGCAUGUGCGUGAAAAUGGUCGCAUUACCUUGAUGUUCUGCUCAUUCGAAGCGUCUCCUCGUAUCUUGCGGCUGUUCUCUACUGGUACUGUUAUCGAGUGGGACCAGCCCGAGUUUGGUGAAUGUUUACAGCGCAUGGGGAAGACCCCGAUUGCGGGAGCGCGCGCUAUCAUCCAACUUGACGUUUUUAAGGUUCAAACCUCCUGCGGUUAUGGUGUCCCACUAUUGACACUAACCGACGAUCCUGAAACCGACAAACCCAGUCCCUAUCUUAAAGACCGCCAGACACUGGGCCACUUUGCCGCCAAAGCGGUUAGUGCCGGCCAGAUACAUAAAUACCAACAAGACUGGAAUUCUCGCAGCCUAGACGGACUCCCAGGUCUUCGAUCUGCGCUGAAAGCUAGCGGCCAUUAUAUUUGGCGGGUGGAGUUGGAAAACUGGUUCAGUCGACACUGGAAUGAGGUUGAUAUAUUGAAGUCGUUGGCUUUAGUAUUGUUCGUGGAGAGCUUCGAUAACAUCUACCUAGACAUCUCAAAGCAGCCUGGAAAAUGCAAGCUCGCUGAAAGUGGUCUGGGCUGGCGCCCGUCCGGCGGUGGCGAUACUUUCACACUUGACAGCAGCAACAUUGGCGCAGCCCAAUGGAGUCGCGCCGCAAAAGGCUUUGAGCUGAAGAUCCUAUCGAGAUCGUCUGGAGUGAUCCAACUGGAUGGAUUCGAUCAAGAGGACUUUGAGCGACUGAGCAAAGCAUUCAAGAUUUGGUACGGCAUUAACGUGGAGAGCCGCGAGCACGCUCUGCGAGGGUGGAACUGGGCAAAGCAGAAUUCACAAAAGCAGAGCUGGCCUUUAACGUCCAAAACCGACCCGCCUUCGAGGUUCCUUACUCCGAAAUUUCAAACACCAACCUGGCUGGACGAAACGAGGUCGCCGAACCGAGGCCGCAAGGCUGCUGCAGGACCUGACGAGCUUGUCGAAAUGCGAUUCUACAUUCCCGGAACGGCCGUGAAGAAGGAGAAGAUGGAAGGCGCCGAUGGUGAGGAAGAAGACAACGAGGAAGAGGCUGAGGAGCAGAAUGCUGCCAAUCUCUUCUACGAGACGCUCAUGGACAAGGCCGAGAUUGGAGAUGUCGCUGGCGAUACCUUUGCUACUUUCCUGGAUGUUCUUCACCUCACCCCCAGAGGUCGCUUCGAUAUUGACAUGUACGAAUCGUCCUUCCGGUUGCGCGGAAAGACAUACGACUACAAGAUUCAAUAUUCCGCCAUUAAGAAAUUCUUCCUUCUCCCCAAGAACGACGAUACCCAUACUCUUAUUGUGCUCGGUCUUGAUCCCCCUCUGAGACAGGGUCAGACCCGUUAUCCUUUCCUGGUCAUGCAGCUGAAGCUGGACGAGGAGAUUAGCCUUGAGAUGAACAUGACAGAAGAUAUCUUGAAAGAUCAGUACAAGGACAGGUUGCAGGCGCACUAUGAAGAGCCAAUCCACCAAGUCGUCACCAAGGUCUUCCGUGGUCUAUCUGGAAAGAAGGUCAUCAUGCCUUCCAAGGAUUUCUCCAGCCACCACGGUCACCAAGGCGUCAAGUGCUCAAUCAAGGCCAACGAGGGUCUCCUAUACUUCUUGGAUAAGAGUCUCAUGUUCGUUCCCAAGCCCGCGACCUACAUUCAACUGGAGAACAUUGCGAUUGUCACAAUGUCGCGUGUCGGAGGGGCUGUUUCCGCCAGCCGAACCUUUGACAUCACUGUUAGUCUGAAGGGUGGUUUGGGUGAGCACCAGUUUAGCAACAUCAACCGCGAGGAACAAAAAUCCCUCGAGGACUUUUUCAAAGCUAAGAGCAUCCGCAUCAAGAACGAGAUGGCCGAAGAGGCUGCUGGACUUAUUGCUGCCGCUCUUGACAACGAUGCCAUGGGCUCGAGUGAUGAAGAAGCACGACCUGAUCGAGGAUCGGCAGAUGAGGAUGAGGAAUCAGUUGACGAAGACUUUGCUGGUUCUUCGGAAUCUGAUGUGGCCGAAGAGUUCGACUCGGAUCACGAGAGUAGUGGUGAUAGCGAUGAAGAGAUGGGUGAUGCUUCUGAUGGAGGCGACAACGAGGAUGAGCGUCCCAAGAAGAAGACCAAGGUUUAG